AUGAAGCUCACAAACACCCUUUGCGUUCUUAUUCUCGCGUUCACUGCUAGCGCAGCACCAAACGCAUCACCAAACCCUGAGGCCAACCCAUUUGCCGCCGCCGUUGCUGAGGCAGAGGCAUGCUACUCCGUUGGAGGAGCAUGCUACAACGCCAAGCGAGCUGCAACCCCAGAGGCUCUUGCUGAAGCGGAGGCAUGCAGAUAUGCUGGACAAGGUUGUUGGAAAGCCAAGCGCACAGCUGAAGCUCUUGCCAACCCCGAGGCUUGCAAAUACGCCGGACAAGGAUGCUGGAAGAUCAAGAGAGAGGCAGAGGCCGAGCCAGAGCCAGAGGCACACCCAGCAGCAGAAGCAUGCAGAUAUGCUGGACAAGGCUGCUGGAAGGCCAAGAGAGAGGCGGCUGCCGCGGCUGAGGCCGAGGCAUGCAAAUAUGUUGGACAAGGCUGCUGGAAGGCUAAGCGAGAGGCAUCGGCUCUUGCUGAAGCUGAGGCAUGCAGAUAUGCUGGCCAAGGUUGCUGGAAGGCCAAGAGAGAAGCAGAUGCUGAAGCUGAGGCCUGCAAAUAUGUUGGUCAGGGUUGCUGGAAGGCUAAGCGAGCUGCUGAGGCUUUUGCGGAAGCACUUGCUGAGCCAUUUGCUGAGCCAAACGAGAAAAUUAGCGCACGAUGUGAUCUUGUUGGAGGCGCUUGCUACAACGCCAAGCGAGACGCACUUGCCAUGGCUGAGGCCGUAGCAGCUGCUCAACCAAAUCCAGAGGAGUUUUUGGCUACCCUCAAGCUUCGCAACCCAGAUAGUAAGUUUACAUUCCCUAUACCCCACAUUUGAUAUACAUGCUGACAAUAAUACAGUUGAUGCUUUGGAAGCUGAGAAGAAGAUCAAGAGAGAGCCAUGCAGAUAUGCUGGACAGGGCUGCUGGAAGAGAGACGCAGAAGCGGUAGAGGUAAGAGAUCAAAUAGCUCGUCGUUGUCGGUUUGUAAAGGGAUUUCGUCCUGACCUUUGCUGGAAACAGAAGCGCUCCCCAAGCCCAGAAGCACUUGCUGGGGCUGAUGCUGAGGCAUGCAAAUAUGUUGGACAAGGAUGCUGGAAGGUUAAGCGCGCGGCCGAAGCUCUUGCUGAGGCAGCAGCUAAUCCAGAGCCAUGUCUUCGUGUUGGUGGAGCAUGUUUCCAAGCCAAACGUGAUUUCCACGCCUUCGAGAACGUUGCUCGCUCCGUCAUCGCCAGCCAAGCAUAAACGCUCAUCGACAACCUUUUUACUCCAUUCCAAGUCUAGUUCGCGUGGCGUUCUUACCUUUGGGAAUCCUUUCAUAUUUUCACUUCUCGACUCGACUUCGCCAUCCGAUUCUCAGUCAAUAAACACACGACAAGUCGGGUCAUUAUAUUCUGCAUCCAUGGCAGCAAGCCUUAUGGGCGUGCUGUCUGUUCAUAGGCCUUGUACAUAUGGGAGGAUUCAAGUUUCAUUUCUAGGCCGACUGCAUUUUUGUAAACUCGUGGCAGUUCCGCGAGCUGUUCUUUUGUACACCAUACCAUAUA